GAAUCCAGAUCCCAGAGCCCGUUGAAUUGAAAAUGGACUCUGGGGACCCUGAGUUGCCUCUUCCUGGGGAGUGGGGCUCAGGUCUCCUUUUCAUAACCUAGGGCCGGGGAACCAGGUGGCUUUUAAGUCAGUGCCCUAAAUUCUACGAAGUGCUUAGACCCCAGUCCUGGUUUUGGGCCAGGCCGGAAAAAGAUUGGACCUUGGUUAGGACUGCGUCUCCACGUCCAGCUCGGGGCGGUUGGUGGAGCAACUCUGUCUUUUCAACCCUUGUUGGAUCUCCCUGAACUCCGCGGCUCCGGAGCUCUGCAGCCGCUAGAGGCCUUGCCCGGUGGGCGUGAAUGAAGCCACCGGAGUCAAGGCCAGGCCCCACCCAUCCUUCCUGGCCAGGGGCUCAGCGCCCGCACGUCGCGCGACCCCACCACAGAUGGGACUUUGAGGCCAGAGUGACAUCUCAGGGGGACGACACUGACUCGUCCUCUCCAGCCCCACCCUGUGCUGGGACAAAGGCGGGCGGUGGGAGUGGCGGCUGGCCAGGCUCCGUGGGGCGGGGCGGAGCGGGGACACAGCCCCCUUAAAGGCCUGCAGCUAGCUGGGCGCGCACUUCUUUGGCGCGAGUUUGGGCUAGGCUUUGAACUCGGUUUCCGGCUUCGUUCUUUGCUCUGACUUGCAGCAAGAUCCUCCACCCCGAGGUACCGGACCCUGCGAGCUCUUCGCUUUCCCUUGGAGCAUGAGACUGCCUAGGACAGUAGGGGACGCGGCGGAGCUGCGCAAGACCCUGAAACCACUGCUGGAGAAGCGCCGGCGCGCACGCAUCAACGAGAGCCUGAGCCAGCUAAAGGGGCUGGUAUUGCCGUUGCUGGGCGCGGAGACUUCCCGCUACUCGAAGCUGGAGAAGGCGGACAUCCUGGAAAUGACCGUGCGCUUCCUUCAGGAGCAGCCUGUGUCCCCCUACCCCAUUGCAGCGCCGGAACCCUGGGAUAGCUACCUCGAGGGUUACAGAGCCUGUCUGGCGCGCUUGGCGCGCGUGCUGCCGGCCUGCAGCGUCCUGGAGCCCGCCGUGAGCGCGCGCCUGCUCCAGCACCUGCGGCAGAGGACUGUCAGUGGUGGCCCACCCUCCCAGACGCCACCACCCGCCCCUGCUCCAGCGCCCUCUCCGCAGGCGCCUCCUCCGGGCAGCCCUGGCCUCUGGCGGCCCUGGUAGGCUCCUGGAUGUUCCUGGCCAGUGACCUGGAUGGGCCAGCUGACUAAGGAAGUUCUCAGUGAUGACUGCAUCUCCCUCACUUUGAGAAGAACAGUGUAGCACACACACACACACCCUACCAAGAAUUGGACGCCGGUGACCUAUCUGGAUGAUGACCUCAAGGGCUGGAGGGAAAAGAGAGUUUCUGGGCAGGAGGAGGACGAGGGCCAGACUUGGGCUGGUAGACGCGCUUCUGGCACUGGGCCAGCCGAAGCUGCCACACCUGCCCUCGUGUGGGAAGCAGAGCAACCUCUGAUCUUGGAGCUCACCUGCUCUGAUGGGUCACCACAUUCCCAGCCACACCCGGGUAUACUCCCAGCUCAGCUGGGCUGGUGACCCUCUCCAUAAACAGAGCAAUGGCUUGGGGGACUUUGACCACUCCUCCCGAGGCUCUGUAGAGCACUGAGCAGGGCAAAGAGACACCUAGGUCUCGGCAGCCACCUCCUCCACUCCUAGGCUCCCCCUGGGAGUGAUCUCUACAGCAGGGGGGGGGGCUUCUUAAUUUAAGCCUCCAAGCGUUCUUUCUCCCACUCACCAGGCCCAGCGGGCUUCGGAUGUAAGGAAAGUGUGGGACAAGUGUGAGGCUCCCCUGGGGCCUUACGGGGGGCUGGUGGCUUCGGAGGAACGGGACCCAGGCUCCAGCCUGGGAAUGGCAGGGACCCAGGAGGCCGCAGCUGGUGCAGGAGCUCGAACCAACCUCGCCUGCUUGCCUGACUGAACCACUCCCUCCCCGAACCCAGGCAGUUGGGCUCCCAGAAACAACUUGUUGAGAAGUUAUUUCUCCCAAACGGAAACCUGGAAGCCUAUGAUGACUCGGGGAAGGGCCAGGAGUAAGUGUAGCAGAGGAAGCAGGAGGAUUUGUGAACCACGGUCACCCAGAGUCCACGGGGAUUUGCUGAGCAUUUUAGCACUGUUGCUUCUCCCUCUGCCUGUGCUGGGGACCAGGACACUAAAAGCCAAGGAGACAGAAUGACCAGGGAAGGGAGGGUCACUUAGCUGCUCUGCCAUCCAUCUGUGGUGAAUCUGGGUACUGAUUUGGGUGGCAGGGGGUGGGGAAGAUAGAGCCAUCCUCAAUAAAAGAAAAUCAAUGUGAAGACAGCAGGGGGCUCCCAGCAAGUCUGUGCUGGGCCCAGACUGUGAUUCUGGCAGGCGGGGCUGGACGGGUGCAUCUGUGUAUACCUGAAGCACUCACACCAGUGGUGCUCAAUAAACUCGGUGGACUGAA